CGUCUCUAUUUAAAUCAAAAGCAACUUUUGCGCAACUGAUCAAUGAUCACCUUGUCUCAGGGGAUUCUAGGGUUUCCUGGAUUGCUUGAAUCUCACCUUCUUUUGGGUUAGAUUUGUUACCAGAAAUUCAACUAAAUCAGAAGGUUCUUUUGGAUACAAAGGAGGAAUCUCAAGUCUAAUUAGAUCGCUUAAAAAAACAGAGAAAAAAAAGUGUGGAACGUGAUGGUGGAGUCCUGCGAAACAAGCAGUUCAUGGGAUGUUGCAAUAGAUUCAUCAAACAUAGGGUUUAAGCUUCUAAAGAAACAAGGAUGGAAGGAAGGCACUGGUCUUGGAAUCUCUCAACAGGGUAUAUUGGUGCCUCUACACAUUCAGCUCAAAAACAACAAACGAGGACUCGGAGCUGAAAACACAACUAAGAGAAAAGAAGCGGCAAAGCCUCACUCUAUUGCUACAGAUUCUAAACAAGUCGCUAAGAAAAACAAGAAACUAUCUAAGAAGAUGCGGAAGAUGAUUGAGCAUGAGAAACACUUGCAGGAAAAGGAAUUUGAACGAGCUUUCUUUAGGGAGUUCUGGCCUGAUAAUGUAUAAUAUCUCGACUACAGUUCUUUCUUUCUUUGUUCCUUUUCAAACUUAAUAUUGGUAAACGUUAUAUCAGAAUAACUAAACCAAACGAACCUCCAUGCUAAAAAGCCAACUCAUUAUUUGGUUGAAUUGCCUUC